GGGCAGAUUAUAAACACCAUCUGAGAGUAAAGAGCUCACUGACAAGAUGAGAACUUCAGUUGAAUAUCUGCUGCUGCUCUGCAUGGCUGCUGUGGCCACUGUGUCUCUAGCAAAGAAGACCUUCAGCUACACGGAUGCUCUCUCAGCAGCGACAGCUCAUUACAACCAGGAAAGUGUGGAGACUAAUGCUUUCAAACCUCCCAAAGUAGCUCCUCUAAAGGGAAUGUCAAUGUUCAUUCCUGGUGAUGGCUCUGGAACCGAGUAUACUAUAAGAUUCAUUUUGAAGGAGACUGUGUGCCCCAAACUUGUGGAUUAUGGAAAGGAAGAAUGUGACUUCAAGGAAAAUGGGUCUUUAAAGAAGUGCACAGGUCUUGUCACGGUUGUGAGGGCUAAGCCAGGAGAAGCAAGCGCUGUAGUAGUGACCUGUGAAGAAGUUACAGACCCAGAAGAGCGCAAGAAACUUGAAGAACCACCCAGCUGGUGGUAUCUUUUUGGUGGAUCAUAAGAACAUGUCAGGAAUAGCAGUAUUUUCCCAGAAGCUCACCUGCGGACUUUUGUGACCAAGAUUUAUGUUUAUCAUUGUACUGACCAUUGUGGAUGAUUUGAUUCAAUAAAGCUCUUUUAUUACAUGC